AUGGCUGAAAAAGAGAUGAUAUCAUCUCGCCUUCUGGUCCCUAUUCUCCUUUUGAUUGGUUGGAUUGUGGGCUGCAUCAUAAUGGUAUAUGUUGUCUUCUCUUAGAAAGGUGAGAAGACUUGAGAUUUCCAUCAUUUAGAAGAAUUGAGAAAAGCAUGAAAAUAACUGA